UCAAACAGACAUUUUCUUUCUUUAUCUUUCUUGCUUCCUCUCCACUUUCCUCCGCACUCUCCUCCUCCUUUUCUUUUUCUCUGCUUUUUUUGAGCUCAUACACACAACACUCUUUCUCCUUGUCUUUUUUUCUUCUUCUUUUAGUUUCUUUUUUCUAUUCCUGAAUUGAGUGACCUUCAAGAACUCUUCUUAUCAUCAUUACAUGUCCUUUUAACUCCACCCUCCUUUCACCUUUGCUUCCUUACAUGUCCUAAAGCAAAGCAACGCACCUCCCUCAAGAUAGAUUUUUUUUUUGCCAGGCAAAUUAAUUUCCACUCCAAUAUAAGUCUUCUUUCUUGAUUCUUCGUUUUGACUCCAAUUCUUCAUCUGGGUCAUCUAAACUUUUCUUAGAUUCACUUCAAUUUUACCUCUCUUGUUAUCAAGAUAAUUGUUUGUUACUUUCUUUCCUUUCAUCUCAUGGAAAGAGAUAAGUUGUUUGUGAGCGAGGGAGCCAACACAGCAGCAACCAUUUGGAAUUCUUGCAGUUUUGGAAUGGAAAUGCAAGCCAAUGAGCUGAGUUGCGGUCCAGAGAAACUUGCCAAUUGCUUUCUCAAUCCCAAUUGGGACAACUCAUUGGAUCAGAGCGAUCCCUUUGAGUCUGCUUUGAGCUCCAUUGUCUCAUCACCUGUUGCAUCCGGUGCCAACGCAAACGCCAACGCCAUUCCUAAUGCUGGCGUUGGUGGUGACAGUCUUAUGAUUAGAGAACUUAUUGGAAGACUAGGAAACAUUUGCAAUUCUGGAGACAUUUCACUACAAUCUUUUGUUAACAAUAAUAACAAUAGCACUAACACUUCUUGCUAUAGUACCCCAAUGAAUUCCCCUCCAAAGCUGAAUCUCUCGAUGAUGGAUUCACAAAUGAGAGGAAACCUGCCAAUUCCUGGAAACAGCGUAGUAAAGCAUCCAGGUUUAGCACCAUUUCCAGCUGAUUUUGUAGAGAGGGCUGCACGAUAUUCUUGCUUUGGUAGCAACAAUCCUGGAGGCAUCAAUAAACAAUUCGGAUUGAAUGAAUCCGAAUUGAUUAAUAGGUUGAUGCCACGAGUAGAACCUGGUAAGCUCUCGAGAGUUUCGAGUAACAAUUCAAUGAAGGUCACUGUAUCGCAAGCAAAUGUUCAAGAAAGCAACAAGAGCUCACCCCAGGAUGGGAGUUUGAAUUCUGAAAAGAAAUUCAGUAGGCAGUCAAGGCCUACAACAUCAGAGAAUGGAGAUUCCAGGGAAGAAUCUUCAUUGUCUGAGCAGGUCCCAGGUGGGAAAUUGAGCAUGAAAUCCCAGAAUGACGCCAAUUCCAGGAAAAGAAAAUCAAUUCCCAGAGGAAAAGCCAAAGAAACUCCCUCUUCAUCUCCAUCUGCUUCUGAUGUCAAGGUUGCAGCAGAGAAUGAUGAAUCGAAGGCAAAAAGAAGCAAAUCGGAUGAAACUAAUGGCAGUGACAAGGAUACAGCAAAGGAAAAGGAAGAAGAAAAUGGAAAUCAGAAACAGAACAAAAAUAAUUCAAAGCCGCCAGAGCCACCAAAGGAUUAUAUCCAUGUCAGAGCCAGAAGGGGUCAGGCUACAGAUAGCCACAGUCUUGCUGAAAGAGUUAGAAGAGAGAAAAUCAGUGAAAGAAUGAAGUUCCUCCAGGAUCUUGUUCCCGGAUGCAAUAAGGUUACUGGGAAAGCAGUGAUGCUUGACGAGAUUAUAAACUAUGUACAGUCAUUGCAGCGCCAGGUUGAGUUUCUGUCAAUGAAGUUGUCAUCUGUGAAUCCGAGGAUGGAGAUCAACAUGGAAACUUUGUUGUCCAAGGAUAUUUUCCAAUCCCGUGGAUCUAUGCCACAUAGUCUUUAUCCAUUAGAUGCCUCCACGCCGGUAUUCCCUUAUGGUUACCAAUCCCAGCAAGGGUUAGCCCUGCAAAAUGGCAUGCCAAGCAAUGCCGAAACCCAGUUCUCUAUGAACCCAUUAAAUGCUGCGUUGCGGCGAAACCCGAGCAUGCAUUUGCCACACCUUGAUGGUUUCGGUGAUCCUGCUGCUCUUCAGGCCUCAGCCAUGUGGGAAGACGACCUUCAAAGUGUUGUGCAGAUGGGAUAUGGUCAGAAUCAUCAGGAGAGCUUUCAAGGCUCAGUGCCCUCAACUCAAAUGAAAAUUGAGCUAUAAUUAACCAAUAAACAGUCCCUGAUCCCACCGAGGCUCCCCCCAAGAGAGAGAGAGGCCUGCCUCAGCAUGUACAGCCAGGUUCCAGAAUUCGCAUCACUCUUUAGCAUGGAGAAAGACACCAUUUUUUUGUUUCAAGUGAUUUAAGCAACUGAUUCUUUGGAUAAUUCUUAUAUAGAACUCCUUACAUUGUAAAAUCUAGAACUAAUUGCAGUGCUAUCCAACUAUUCUACAAUAUAUAGCCUACAGUCACAUUUAAGGAAGAAGUGUGCUGGAGAGUUGAGAGAAGUUUUUUUGUAAUCUUUUUUACUUUAUUGUGUAUUUGUAUUGCCUUACCAUUGAGAAAUAUUAUCAGAUAUUCAUUGAGUUUACACAAAA